AUUUUACUUUGCAAGAUGGACGUCCGAGUAGCAACCAUCUUCGUCCUCAUCGUGGCCUUUACAUCUGCCCAUGGCGACCGGUAUGUGAUGAAGAAGCUGGUGAAGGCCGCCCCCCAGUACCAGCCCUACUCUGUGAAGAGCCAUGUGGUGUCAGUGGCAGGUGAGCCUGGUGCUCCAGGUGAGCCUGGCCCUGAGGGACCUGCUGGUCCUCCUGGCCCCCAAGGUGAGAGUGCUGAAGGUCUGCCUGGACCCCAAGGACCUGCUGGACCUCCAGGAGCUCCUGGACGCUCCAGCGCUGGCAAACCUGGUUCCCCAGGUGGACCUGGCAAACCUGGCAGCCAUGGAGCACAUGGUGAGAAGGGAGACACCGGAGCCCCUGGCCUUCAGGGACCAAGGGGAGCCCCUGGAUCCUCUGGAAGCCCUGGACCCGCUGGCCUCUCUGCUACUGGCAAGACUGGACCUUCAGGUCAUCCUGGACCAAUGGGACCUAGAGGAGAGUCUGGUCUGAAAGGACACCCAGGUGUACCUGGACUGCCAGGUGCUAAGGGUGAUAGAGGGGUGGGAAUUCAGGGACCUCGGGGUGAGACAGGGCCUGAGGGACCCAUGGGUGCAUCUGGACAACCAGGUGAGUCUGGAGUUGGAAAGCCAGGUAGAGCAGGUAUGGCCGGAGAGGCAGGAAAGUCAGGAUCCCCAGGUAGGGAUGGUGCCGCAGGUCCCAUGGGACCACAGGGACCUAAGGGACACACUGGUGCCCCAGGUGUAGGUAUGCCAGGUAAAUCAGGUGAGAAUGGCGCCCCAGGUCUGCCUGGUGCAGCUGGCCCUAAAGGCCACCAGGGACCUGCUGGAGCCACUGGUGCCCCUGGAGUCCCAGGAUAUGGAAAGCCAGGUGCAAAUGGAGAGAAGGGAGAGAGGGGAGCUACAGGUGGCUCAGGUGCUACAGGUGCAAAGGGUGAGCAAGGUCCAACAGGAUAUACUGGUGCUUCUGGUGCCACUGGUCCCACUGGUCCUUCUGGACCACAGGGGCCAGUAGGUUUCCCAGGUGAAGCCGGCCCUGCUGGCUCUAAAGGUGACACAGGUGCAACUGGAGCUCAGGGAUCUAAGGGAAACAAGGGAGAUCAGGGAGCACAGGGUUUCGCAGGCAAGCAGGGUUAUCCAGGCGCAGCUGGUCCUCCUGGACCCAGAGGAGCCACUGGACCCACAGGUGACAAAGGUCAUGGUGGUGCUCCUGGUACCCCAGGUUCCCCAGGUAUUCCAGGCCCUGCUGGACCCAAAGGUCAUCCCGGCCGUGCAGGUGAGACAGGUGCCUCUGGUUCUGAUGGUGCUCCAGGUCCCAGAGGACCUUCAGGGUCUCAGGGUGCUGCUGGUGCUCAAGGCCUUAAAGGUCACCCAGGUCUCCCUGGUCCCUCCGGCCCUGCUGGUAUUGCUGCUAAGGGUGUCACCGGACCUCAGGGUCCCACUGGACAGCCCGGUUUGGAUGGUGUUGAUGGAGCCAUUGGCCCACCAGGCUCUCCUGGUGCCCCUGGCCCUCCUGGUGAGGUUGUAUUUGAGAAGGGCAUGGGAAUGGGUGAGGUUAUGGUCAAGUCCCCCAUGUCUGCUUUCACUGCAUCUCUGAUCACUCCCUACCCCGCUGACGGCACCCCCAUUAAGUUUGAUCAGAUUGUGUACAAUGCUGAGAAUCACUAUGACCCUGAGUCCGGCAUUUUCACUUGCCAAGUUCCUGGAGUCUACUAUUUCUCCUACAGCAUCCAUGUUAAUGGAGCUCAUGCCCUGGUGGCUUUGUACAAGAACGGCCAGCCUGUUAUGUUCACUUAUGAUGAGUACAGCAAGGGCUUCCUUGACCAGAUGUCCGGUAGUGCUGUCCUCUUGCUGGAUGAGCAGGACACAGUCUACGUCCAGAUCCCUGAUGAGGAGGCCAACGGUGUCUUUGCCGCCGAGAAUGUCCACUGCUCUUUCUCUGGGUUCCUCAUUGCUUCAACGUGA